UCCCAGCCCCGCCGCGGCAACAUUUAUUGCAAAAGCAGGAAAUUGCUUAUUACUAAACUAGCUGGCAAGGGAGUGGAGCCGAUGCUGUUCCACACUGGCACAGCACUUGCUUAGCUUCUGCUUUCCCUGCUUCUCCUUGUUCCGCUCUUUCUUCUUCUUCUUUCCCCUCUUUCUCUCCUCUCUCCCUCGCUCUCUCCUCUUCUUUUUUUCAUUUUGGCUUCUAUUCAAAUGUGGGUCAGGGGUGAGCGGCUCCCAACGUCACAAGCUUGCAAGAUGGCGCUGGGAGGAAGGCUGUGAGAUGAGGAACAGGCUGGUAUAAACCGAGAGGACAGGAGAGGGAGAGGAGGAGAGGGGAAGGGGAAGAAAAGCUGCUGCUCCAGAUGCAAUAAGAAGCGUCCCUGCUGGUUCUCCAUUCUGCAUCCGUGCAGCCACGUUCUAUUGAUGGCCUGUUGUGAUUUCAAUGGAACAUCAUGGGAUGUACCUGGCACGUCGGGCAGCACUGGAUGGAGGUGCCUUUAGCCCAAUGUACCUGGCAUGUACUGUUAGCUCACUGUUCAGGUGCUCGGUGUCUAGCCUUCUCAUCCAGCUACAAAUCCUCUACGUGAAAUGAGUGAUUCCUUAGAUCUGUUUUUGAUUGAUUCUUUGCUUCACUGGUGUUGCUUCUUAAAAGGUGGUAAGGUGAAGGUGAGAGGAAGAGAAGGUGGAGAUGGAACUGCCAAAUCAUGCCAAACAACUGCUAUUGCAGCUGAACCAGCAACGAGCCAAAGGUUUCCUCUGUGAUGUGAUCAUUGUGGUAGAAAAUGCCCUGUUUCGUGCCCAUAAGAACAUCCUGGCAGCCAGCAGCAUGUAUUUCAAAUCCCUUGUCCUGCAUGACAACCUGAUAAACUUAGACACCGACAUGGUGAACCCCACCGUGUUCCGGCAGAUCUUGGACUUUAUUUAUACUGGUAAGCUCUUAACGACUGACCAGCCUGGUGAACAGAACUUUAAUGCUCUCCUCACCGCAGCAAGCUACCUCCAACUGCACGACCUGGCAGCUCUCUGCAGAAAGAAGCUGAAGCGGAACGGCAAGUCCUUCGCUGGCAAGGCCGGUGGCCUUGGUGUUGGGAGAUCUGCCAGGAGUCAGAGACUUUCCACUGCUUCAGUCAUCCAAGCUCGCUAUUCAGGGUCAAAUGAGGGGUUGAAGGGCUCGCACUCAAAGGAGCUGUCAAAGGGAAAGCUCUCUGAUGACGAGGUCUUCAUCAGCAGCUCCAACCAAGAGAACUGUCACUCCUUAAGCAGGGGAACCAGCAAGAACGGUGGUGGGAGCAGCAGUGCGAAUGGGAGCACCGGUGACCAGGAGCUAGGCCUCGACCUGUCCAAAAAGAGCCCCUCGCUCCCUGUGGCAGCCUCCCACGAUGACACGCAGCACAGCGAAAGCCAGCACGGCUCUCCCCAAUCUGCCUCAGCCCCUGCAGCCAACAGUGCCUCAUCGUUCGACGAGUCUGGCGUCGGAGCCCCCCACAGCAUGGCAGACAGCAGCGACCCCAUGGAGAUGGAUCUGAGCGAGGAGUGCCACCACUCUCUGACCGAGGGCAGCCAGCGCAAGGGCCUCCGGCACUCGUCCCGCAAGAAGGAGUGGAUCAAGAAAGACAACGCCUUUGACCGAAAGGAUGGGGGCAAGGACAGGGACGAGGGUGAAGGGCUGCCCAAUGGUAUCCUGCUGGGGCCCUUGUCCAAGUCUGUGGAGAGGAGUCUGGCCGGGGCCUACGGGGCAGACCUGCCCUACCCAUGUAAGGAGGAGGUAGAAAAUGGUAAGGAGAACAGUGACGACAGCGGCCAGAGCGAGAGUGAGAGCGGCGGCCACACCAGUGCCAACUACGUCUACCGGCAGGAGGGGUUUGAGCCAGUGGCCUAUGGUGACAACCUGUAUGUCUGUAUCCCCUGUGGCAAAGGCUUCCCGAGCUCUGAGCAGCUCAACGCCCACGUGGAAACGCACACCGAGGAAGACCUUUACAUCAAGGAGGAAGGCACAUACGGCAGCAAGGAUGAAGCUGAGGAUUUGUCCAACCCCAAUCAGUCCUACGCUGCAGAGUCCCGGCCCUUCAAAUGUUCAGUGUGUGAGAAGAGCUACAAGGAUCCGGCCACGCUGCGGCAGCACGAGAAGACUCACUGGCUGACGCGGCCCUUCCCUUGCAACAUCUGCGGCAAGAUGUUCACGCAGCGGGGCACCAUGACACGGCACAUGCGCAGCCACUUGGGGCUCAAGCCCUUUGCUUGCGAGGAAUGUGGGAUGCGCUUUACCCGGCAGUACCGACUAACAGAGCAUAUGCGUGUCCACUCAGGAGAAAAACCUUACGAAUGUCAACUGUGUGGUGGGAAAUUCACCCAGCAGCGCAAUCUGAUCAGCCACCUGCGAAUGCAUACCUCUCCCACAUAAGCCAAAGACUCCAGAAUGAGCUUCAAGCCCAUCCGCAGUGAUUUACCUUUCUGUAGACUUGCUGCUUUAAAAAAAAGAAAAAAGAAAAAAAAAACAACAAAAAAGGGGGCAACUCCCCAUACUCUGUUCAGUCAUGAGAGGCCUAAACAAAUGUAGCUUUAACAUUUAAAAAAAAAGUUCCUUUUUUUUUUUCCUUUUUUUAAAAAAAGAAAGGUCCACAGCCAAGCUGAUGCAUUUAGUCCCAGUCUCCCUUCAAAUUUUGGCGACCUGGCAAGAAAUGCCUCUUCUUUUUGCACACAUCGACUUCAUUGCCAUAUUGCUUAUCUGGAGAAGGUAGGGGCACCUUGGGGAACCUCCAGCCUCUGCUGGCUCCCUCCUCCCUGCCUCGUUCUGUGUUUCUGUCACUGUACUCAUCUCCUCUCUUAAAACCAAACUCAGUAGGGGCAUUUCUUGCCAUUAAAAAGAAAACAAAGUACACCUUUUCAGUGGCCUAAGUAGCUGUGAAAUAACAGCACUCUCAAGUGCAGAAGCUGUGUCUGUGGACCAUCUCACAGGGUUGGCAGCCCCUCCAGACUGUGGGAAAGCUGCAGCAGUGGUGGAGCCCACCCCCCUCCCCUGCGCUGGGGAUGGUGGGGGGAGCAGCUCCCAGGGCUGCACCAGCCCCAGUACUUCACUUAAAGAAAUGGCAAAGCCUCCCUUACCAUCCCUCUCCAUUUUGGUUUUGAUCUUUGUCCUUGGCACACAUAACCACGUGCCACCUUCUCCCAUAAAACACUCAAACCUCUUUUGCCUUACCCAUGACUGAACAGGGACUGGAUGCCCUGGGAAUUUCUUUCAGUGAGCAGGGGGUCGUCUUUACUUUUCUAGUAGUUUCGUAUGAAUAUUCUUUGCUUAGAGGUACUUGUUUUAUUAAAGGAAAAAACCAUUGUAACGUUUAUGUGAAUGUUUGAACUGGAAGGUCUGAGGUUAAUUCUAGGGUGGGUGGGUGGGGAGGGGGUUUGAUGUAGGCUGGACUUGCUACAAGUUCCAUAGGUACUUUUUUAUUAUUUUUUUAUUUUAUUUUUUGUGUGUGUGUAUGUUUUUAGCUUUCCUCCCUCACUAAAGAGCAAGUUUGUGUGGACAGACUUGUUACCUUUGCUACCUCUUGAAUUCAUGAGAACAAUAAGAUGGUUAGUGAAAGAUUAGGCAUUUUUUUUCUUUUAUUGUAAGUAAUUAAAUGUAUAAAAGUAGAAGCUAAAUUAAAGUUAAGGGAUUUUUACCACCCUGUCCUUCCAUCAAAAGUCAACUAGAGAAAUGUUAAAGCAAAGCUUGGCCAAAGACAAAGCAAAAAAUACACUGAGCUAGAGGCUGUGCUGGCUGCUUGGACUGGCUCAAUUCGCAGUCUCUUGGCUGUCUGUAGUCACUUUUAGAUAAAAGCAGAAAAUUUCUCUGAGCUUUUUGGGCCCUUUCCAGCUUUGUUUAUUGAGUCUGGAUACUAUGGGGAGGGGAAAAUGUCCCCCUCAUCUUCCACUCCCCCAGCACAUCUGGGUCAGUCUGUAAACACCUGGCAGGACAGAGGGUGAGGGCAUAGCAGCCUAUAAUUUACUAGAAUCCAGAGUGCAAUAAGGUGGGGGAGAGGAGGAGAAAGCAAACCAAAGUGUUUCAUAUCCUCCCUUUUAGACAAUUUAACACACGCACACAAAAAAAAAAAAAAAGAGAAAAAUGAAAGAAAAAGAAACAAAAUGUUCUUGCAACAUCUGCCUAAGACAUCACAGCCAACAGCUGCUAUUGGUUUAGGAGAGAAGACAGAGAACUUUGCCCACCGAUUCUUGGCCCCCUUGACUUUGUUGGCGUGACCUUGUGGAAAGCUAUGGCUUAUUUCAAGCCUCCCGUGACUGUGGUGGUAAAAAUUCACAGCCAGUAGAAUCAUCCCUUCUGAAAUGACUAAGGUUUACACUUGCAGUUUUUCAUUUGUUGGUUUUUGGUGUUUUGGUUUUUUUUUCCCACUCAAACCAGUAUAGUCUCUAUGCGUAAGUUUUACCAAACCUCACGUUUUGUCUUUUUUUUAAAAAAGAAACAAAACAAAACAACCAAUUUUUAAAGUUUUGACCAAAAAAGAAAAAAAAAAGAAAAAAGUGAGCAUGUUUGACUAAAACAAAGAAAUAUAAGCUUCAUUUUCUAUUGGGGUUUUUUUGCCUUUUUUUUUUUUUUUUUUUUUUUUUUUUUUUUUUUUUUUUUUUUUUUUAUGUUUGUUUUUGUUUUGUUUUAAGGUAGACUAGUCCAUGAGAAGUUUUUGGGUCAAUUGAAUGAACCGAGGAAACUGGAAUCCAGGCUCCAAGCAAUAGACAACCCACGGGCGCUGAGCCCCGGCCUGGUGUCACGUUACAGGGAACACUCGCCCCUGUCCAGCCGCUCCCGUGUGCUUCCCCCAGUGCCAUUGUCCGCCUGCGAGCCCCGGAGCGCGGAAGGGGUGCAUGGACUUUUGGUUUUGUCCAAUUGUGCUGAGACGCGCUGUUUUCUUUUCGGGGGUUAAGCGGGCUUUUAGCGUCUUUAGCGCUUCCACAUUUUUGAGUACAUUUUGAGUUAUUUUCUCCUUGAUCCCUUGUUAACUCCCUCUGAGAACGUCCCCAAAAGAGUCUUUAGGGAGGACAGGGAGGGCCGUGCCAUCUACCUUGUUCUCAGAGCAAAUCUGAGCUGAGCCCAGGGACAGCUGUGCAAGAUGAGUUCCUCGGCACUUUCCCCCCGCCUUUCCGUCCCCUCCAGCCGCGCAAGGCGGAGCUGACCCCGCUCCGGCUCCCCUUGGAGCCGCCCGGCCCAGGACCCGCUUCCAGAGCAGGGUUCAGGUCCCUCAGCGAGGGGAGGCCGGGACGGGCCUGUCCGCGCUGCCGGGCUGGAGCCGCCGGAGCCGCCUCUGCCCUGCGGCAGCGCACGGAGCUCCUGGCAGGCAAACCCUGCUCCCCCUCUUCAUUCCAUCUUCACAUCUGUGUGGGUGAUGCAGCUUCUCCCCUGCCCCAGGCCCCCUCUUCAUUUGUUUCUUAAGCCUUGAGAAUUACGUUGAACUUUCAGGACCCAAUGCUAUUUUUUAAAAACUAUUUUUUGGAGCUUUUUUUCUUUUUUUUUAAUCCCCUCCCCAGCACUUAAACAGUUCGACAUAAAGUCUGUGUACAGCAAGAGUAUUGUACAAAAGGAAAUUAUGUUCUUUUUUCAAAUAGCUGUGUAAAGUUGUGUUCCAUAGACUGAGUAUAAACAACAUUUUCCAAAUUGUGACAGUAAUAAUGAAUAACUAUUAAUACUCAAAACUUCAGGGACUGUUUCAGGCCUGCUUGGGGCCUAAACACUCAACUGCAUUUGUACGACAUAGUAUUGUAUCAACAUUUUUCUGUAUUUUAAUGAGAAAGCAAAACACUAGUUUCAUAUUUAAGAUUUUAAGAGU